AUGUUUUUCAAGAUAUCCUGGACAUUGAAUGCUUUAGCAAAUAAGUUUGGGGUGGCGGUGGUUGUGACCAACCAAGUGGUGGAUUUUAUUGGGCUAGAUGAUGGAAUCAAUGGAGUGAGAUUGGGUAACUUGGGGUGCUUGCAUACAUUAGACAGACGGGUGAGUCCAGCUUUGGGACUGGCUUGGGCACAUUGCGUCAAUUCAAGGGUGUUCUGGACAAGACAUGAGGAAUCUGUUGGGGUUAACAGUCAUAAUGCUCUUUCUACAACUAUAUCCAGUCAAACACAUAGGAUACUUCACCUUGCAUUUGCCCCAUGCAUCAUCUGA